UCACCCUCAGUCUCAGAACUCCCGCCAGCAGCCAUCGACCUCGCCACUAAACUCUUCGACCUAGCGCGCGAAGGCAACACCGCAACCCUAGCCGCGUAUAUCCAAGCCGGCGUGCCCAAGAACCUCACAAAUGCCUCUGGCGACACACUGCUAAUGCUGGCGUCCUACCACGGCCAUGCGGAGACGACGAAGGCGCUCGUGGACGUGGGCGCCGACCCGAAUUGCAUGAACGACAAGGGGCAGAGUCCGAUUGCGGGCGCGGUGUUCAAGGGGUGGGAUGAGGUUGUCAAGGUGUUGUACGAUGGAGGGGCGGAUCCGAGACUGGGGCAGCCGAAUGCUGUGGAUUGUGCGAGGAUGUUCAAGAGGGAGGAUUGCUUGAGAUUGUUUGGAGAAGAGGGGCAG